AUGUCGACAACUUCUUCCAGCACCAGCGGCAGUCGACCGACGAGUCGUCACCAACCCUAUGACACCGGUUUCCCGGACUUUUUUGCCUCGUGUACAACGUCAAUGCGACACCCAGAAGCUGUCAUCGAGCCCGGCUUUGCUAUGUCUGCCGAGCAUAUUGACCCUUCCAAGUCACUCCAUCGCUCGCGUAAGACCCUACUUCGCAAGCACAGGCGGACAAUCAGCCACGGAAAGAUCACUGAGGAAGAAUUGGCUCAACUUGCCCUAGAAAGAAGGAUAUCUGAAGCUAGUAGCACGACUAAGCAGGCUGACUCCAAAUCAUACGACUCUAAUGCCAACCUUACACAAUCAUCGAACGCUGGUGCCGAAAGCCCUAGCCGAGCGAAGGAGACUAGAAGUAUCAUGGGCUUAACCCCGGGCUUUCAGUACGCUAAUGACGAGGCGCACGAUGAUGAUGAACGGCGAAAAAGCAACAUCUUCCGCAAGUUGAUAAACAAAACCUGA